AUGGAAGCUGUUCAGACAUUCGGUCGCAAGAAAACCGCUACUGCCGUCGCUCACUGUAAGCGUGGACGUGGUCUUAUCCGUAUCAACGGUUCCCCCAUUGAUCUCCUCGAACCCGAGAUCUUGAAGUUCAAGGUUUACGAAGUCAUCCUUCUUUUGGGUGAAGAACGUUUCGCUAACGUUGACAUCAGAAUCAGAGUCAAUGGUGGUGGUCACACUUCUCAAGUUUACGCUAUCCGUCAAGCUCUUGCCAAGGCCAUUGUUGCUUUCUACCAAAAGUUCGUUGACGAAGCUGCCAAGAAGGAAAUCAAGGAAAUCCUUGUCCAAUACGACCGUACUCUCCUCGUUGCUGAUCCUCGUCGUUGUGAACCCAAGAAGUUUGCUGGUCCUGGUGCCCGUGCUCGUUACCAAAAGUCUUACCGUUAA